GCCACAGAGGUCAUUACCAGGAGGGAUUGAGACUAAGCUAUCCUCCUUGGGACCUUUCGGCUAAAAUACAGCUGUCUGUACUUUAGUGCAGUUGGAAGAAAAUCAUCAAAAAGUCUGUUUCCUGGAGCACAUAAAAGCCAUGUAGUCUACUUGUGUUAAAGAAGCUUAGCACACACAAAGCUAUUCAUGACAAUUUAAUUAUUUCUACUAGCAGAGUGAGCCUUGGCAAGUAGCAAGUUUGUACGCCCUCUAGCUAUAAAAGACGAUGGAACCGUGACCCUAACGCCAGCUACAAACCUGUUGAGGUGUUUACACAGAGAGUGUUCAAGGGAAGCACAGAGCACCUCGUCAAGUGGUCUCUCAGAGGACAAAAGACUCACCAACACGGCCAAUUCUCUCAAAACAUCUCGAGAUGGACUCUGUCAGGAGUAUAUGGUGUGGAUGAGGGAGGAGGAGAUGAGUGCGUGCUGUCCACAGCUGCUCUCCAUGGAGAGACUUGCCAAAGAAAAGAAGAAUCCUUACAAAUCACAAGACCACUUCCUCUCUGAUCGAGAGUACGGUCGUUACGUGAAGACCGUCCUGCAACCCGGCAUGAAGGUUCGGGCCAGAGAGACCUACGAGUCAGUCUCCAUGGGCGACUUUGGGGUAUAUCUACAGACCAACGACGGCACACCUUCUGCCCAGGUCACGUGGGAGGGACUAGGGGAUGCCUACUGGGUGUACUGGCAUCAGGUGGACUUACUGCCCUCGGAGGACGAGAAGAAAACAACUAACUCCAGUGGUUGAGGAUGGCUAAGAGUUCUUUGCACGACGGCAGCAGGUGACUCUGUUCUCAGCACCCAAGGCAACUACUGUGGUGACAAUGACAACGCGGGAGGGAUGACGAGUGUGGACUCCAGCCUCAUGUUCUUUCCAGAUUUUGAAGCCUUCUGAGAAGAAAGCCAAAUAUCAGUACUCCAGCCUGAAUUCGGGUCGACCCAUCACCACCAAAGCAGCCUCUAGGAUCACCUCCAAAUAACGCAUGCCCCAUAGUGUUCUAAUGGUAGACAUUUUUUCAUUAUGUAAUCCUGUACUGUGCCGUUAGUAUGUUCUGUAUAGUAUUAUAAUCAUUAUAAAUGCUCCUUCUGCGAUAUAUUUGUCCUGUUUUUUACUA